AGCUCUAUCAGUUCUAAACUGUUCUUCCUAGAGGUCCAGCUCUAUCAGUUCCCUUCCUUAGGAUCUCAUAGUGAUGAAUUCUAGUUUUCUUGUUGGCUAUAUCCAGUAUAUAACGAGUUCUGUGUUUUGGAAAUAUCUUUGAAUAUCAUAUUUCCUGUUAAAAUUUUACGUUCAACAAAACAUUACAAUAGCAACAGUUUUAAGUUCUAAAGUAACUUUUAAUUCUAAAGCAACAGUUUUUAAUUCUAAAUUACAAAGACAAAACUCUGAAUUAUUUUCACAACAAAAACACGAGGUCUAUCAACUGGUUAAAGUGGUUAUAUUUUUUGUAUUUUCCAUCCACGAGAAGCCGACUUGUUCCUCGUGGAACAUCGGAAAUUCCCGCUAAUUUUAUUUCAGGCAUACAACAAAAUCAGUUCAUACUUCAGAAUUUUGUUGGGUUUUUUAAUUUUCUGCUUUUAAAAUGAACACAGCGCUUCAAGUAUUUGAUGGUGAACUCUCAGUGAUCACCACUCCACCUCCCCGUGUCUCGUUACCCACAGAUGUUAUUGUUAAGGUCGCUUAUUCAGGCGUUUGUGGAACAGAUUUGCACGUGUUGGCAAGAGAGUUUCCUUGUGCGAAAUCUGUUGUCCUUGGGCACGAAUUUUCUGGUGUUGUUACAGAAAUCGGAAGCGAUGUAAAGCAUUGUUCUGUUGGAGAAAGAGUCGUUGUGAAUCCAAACUCUAGUUGUGAAAAAUGUCAUUACUGUUUCAAAGGCCAGCCACAUUUUUGCCCAGUUGGUGCAAUUAACUCAACCAUAGGUCUUUGGCGUAACGGCGGUUGGGCGCACUUCUGCCGAGUACCGGCCUCUCAGGUUCACCCAAUCCCAACACAGAUUACCCUAGAGGCAGCUGUAUUUAUCGAACCUGUGUCCUGUGUUCUUCGUGGUUGGGACCAGCUGUCGCCGUUACCCACUGAUGCUGAUAUUCUUAUCAUGGGAACGGGUAUUAUUGGGUUGCUUUUUGCAUGUAUAGCUCACUUCAAAGGUUACCGGCGGGUCAUAUUAACCGAGGUAGCCGAGCAGAGAAGGACCAUAGCGUCGGGAAUGAAAUUGGGCUUCAAUAUUGUCCACCCAGAAAGCUUGGAAAUCUUGUACAAACGAGGAAUAAAGAAUAAAGAUGUGAACUGGGGUUUUGAUGCUAUAAUUGACUGCACAGGUUCACCUGAAGCCGUCCAGCAAGCAUUCAAUUGGUUACGCCAUGGUGCUACAUUUUGCUUGUUCGGCUGUUGUCCAAAAGUGUCAGAGAUUAAAAUUAAUCCGUUCGAUGUGACCUUCAAAGAGUUGAAGAUUGUUGGUUCCCUCAUUAACCCCUUCACGUUCCCAAGAGCCAUACAAUUGGUGCAAGACAUGGCUGCAGACUAUUUGAAUUACAAAAAGUUGGGAGUUGAGUUGUUCCAACUUGAGAAUUAUGCACAAGCACUGGCAACCUUGAAAAGUGGGAACAUUUCAAAAGCUGUUUUUGAGAUUUAAAACCUGAAAAAUUAACUAAUAAAUGUUAUAGGAGGAGGUUUUAAAUGCAAUUAUUCCCUUGCCUUAUAUAUCUGAUUCGAUUAAAUGCCAUCUAAUUUUUUAUAAAACAAUGAAUGAACUUAGUAGAGGUGGUAUAAAAUCAAAGAAAUACAUCUGAAAAUUAUUUCUUGCUGUCAAGGUUUUUCAGGAAGAAAACACAAGACAAUAAUGACUAAUUCUGUUUAACAUCAGCAAUAUAGAUGUACAAAAACAUUUUAUUGCCAAAAUAGGAAUAUCACAUUCUUGUUUUAUUUGUUCAAGGCUUGCAUUUGCCAACUUAAAUAAAAUUGGUCAGUAAUUACUACAAAAUGUACAAGUAAAGGUUUCAUGUUG